AAGCUUGCUUAGGAGGUAAUGGGUAGGCUAGUUGGUUGUACACAACCUUUGAGAAACAACAGCGCUGUCAAUAAGACAGCACUGUUGUUUCCCAAGAAACCUGCAAGCAUUCGUGACUACAUGCACAUGUGCUUGGUUUAAUGAUGCUUAUGUUGCAGUCAAAUGAAACCAAGGGAAGCAACCAUAUGGAGCUUGAAGGACUCAAGAGGACACUGCAAAUAUGCGAGGCUAAUGGCCUCGAGAUUUCAACUCCUGUGACUGACCGUCAUUCUCAGAUAAAAGCAUUCACAUCAAAGGAGACCUGCAUAGAGCACAGCUUUGAUUGCUGGCACGUUGCCAAGAUGCUCAAGAAGAAGCUGACAGCAGCAGCGAAGCUCAAGAAGUUUCAGGAGCUGACUCUAUGGAUUCCUGCUGUCAUCAACCACCUGUAUUGGUGCGCCCUUUCAAGCCGGGCGCAACCUGAGCUAAUUCUUGCCAAGUGGUGCUCCCUUGUCCGUCAUGUCGUUGACAUUCAUGUACAUGAUGAGAGCCUUUAUGCGAGGUGCGAGCAUGAGCCAUUGCCUAAGAAGAAGUGGUUGGAAGAAGGAUCACCAGCGCACCAAAAACUGAAAGCCAUCGUCCUAAACAAGGCUUUGCUCAGAGACAUUCCUCGACUAUCCACGAGUGCACAAACAUUUGCUGUUGAAUGCUUUCACAGCACCAUCACUCAGUUCGCGCCGAAAAAUACCCAUUUUGGGUAUUCCAGCAUGGUAGCAAAAACACGCCUUGCCGCACUUCACUAUAAUGAAAAUAGUGCAAGGCAGCAAGCAACCACUGACAAUGGGACAAAGAGGUGGCUGGUCAAAUACCCGAAGGCAAAAAAGGCUGCCGUUGUCGCACCAGUGAAAGAAUCUUGCACAUACGGCUAUGUGAAAGAAUUGCUGAAGUGUGCUGUGGACCUGUGCCAGAAUGUGAGCUCCUACAGGGAGGCAUCGGCACGUACAAGUGUGAACGUGCCCCCUCCACUUUCAAGCAACUUUGAACGGGCUGACAAAGAAGCUCUCGUGGCAGCACAUACAAGGCGCUUUAAUAUUUUACCAACUAGUUCACUGAACAAGACACGUCAUUCUGAGAAGAAAACUCUGGGUGUUUAUUCAGGAGAAACUGCAAUCAUGCGUCCAGGUAGCCAGUGUAAUGCCCUCCUGGCGUAGGGAACUCUUUCCUGAUUCUGUGGACAGCACAGCUUGGCAAAACGACCCGGUUACCUUGACCAAGUCGCCUGUACACCCACCAAACAAACUGUCGGUAAGCAGUGUAUCG